GCAGUUAUAACACGGUAUUAUGAUGUGUGCUCCUCAGGUGAUGCAGUUCUUAGAGAAGAAGCAGCAGAACCACCGGUACGUCCUGAUCGACACCCCGGGUCAGAUUGAGGUCUUCACCUGGUCUGCGUCAGGAACCAUCAUCACUGAGACUCUGGCGUCGUCCUUCCCCUGCGUCGUGGUCUACGUCAUGGACACCACCCGCAGCGUGAGCCCCGUCACCUUCAUGAGCAACAUGCUGUACGCCUGCAGUAUUCUCUACAAGACCAAGCUGCCCUUCAUCGUCGCCAUGAACAAGACGGACAUCAUCGAGCACAGCUUCGCCGUUGAGUGGAUGCAGGACUUUGAGGUGUUCCAGGAUGCUCUGAACCAGGAAACGUCGUACGUUGGAAACCUGACGCGCUCCAUGAGCCUCGUGCUCGACGAGUUCUACUCCAACCUGCGGGUGAGUGGGAGUUCAAUCAGGACUGUUCAU